AUGGCUUCUCGCUCAAACGUAGUGCGCGCGCUGCGAGUCCCGGGCCGGUGCUUGAGGCUGGAUGCUCGGGCUGGGCGAACUCUCACCAACACCACCAGCAACGGCCUUCCCUCCGCAGCUUAUGGACGAUGCGCAGCCACGGCUUCAGCCCCCAGGUUCUUCUCAGCCGCCACGGCUCGCCAUGCCAAAAGCACCGCCGAGAUGUACCCGUCGCUGAAGCGCGACCCCAAGUAUGCCGAGGUGACCAAGGAGCACGUCGCCUACUUCAAGGAGCUGCUUGGGUCGUCGUCUGCGGUCAUCGACGGCGUCAAUGCUGACGCUGCAGGUGACAUUGAGCCGUUCAAUGAGGAUUGGCUUCACAAGUACAAGGGACAGUGCCGGCUGGUGCUCAAGCCCGGCUCCACCGAGGAUGUCAGCAGCAUCCUCAAGUACUGCAAUCAACACAAGCUGGCCGUUGUUCCCCAGGGGGGUAACACUGGUCUCGUGGGUGGAUCUGUCCCCGUCUUUGACGAAAUCGUCAUUAGCAUGGCACGUAUGAACACUAUCCAUUCGUUUGAUGAGGUCAGCGGGUCUCUGGUGGCAGAUGCCGGCUGCAUCUUGGAGGUUGUGGACCAGUUCCUCGCCUCAAAGGGAUACAUCUUUCCCCUUGAUCUGGGAGCCAAGGGGUCGUGCCACAUUGGAGGCAACGUCGCCACAAACGCUGGUGGUCUACGCUUGCUGCGAUAUGGCAGCUUACACGGGAGCGUCUUGGGCCUUGAGGCUGUGCUCCCUGAUGGCACCAUCCUGAAUGAUCUGGGGACCCUGCGCAAGAACAACACUGGCUUCGACCUGAAGCAGCUACACAUUGGCGCUGAGGGAACGAUCGGCAUCAUCACCAAGGUGUCCAUCCAGUGCCCCCAGCGCUCUGCGGCCGUUAACGUCGCAUACUUUGGUCUCGAGUCCUUUGAGAAGGUGCAGGAGGCGUUCAAGGAGGCCAAGAAGCAGCUAUCCGAGAUCCUCUCGGCUUUUGAGCUGAUGGACCUCCAGAGUCAGCAGCUUGUUAGCAAGGUGCGCCCGGACGUUCAGAAACCGCUGGAGGAUGACCACCCCUUCUACUGUCUGAUCGAGACAAGUGGCUCCAAUGCGGAGCACGACUAUGCAAAGCUAGAAAAGUUCCUGGAGGAUGUCAUGGCCAAGGAGAUCAUUUCCGAUGGCGUGGUUGCCCAGGACGAGACCCAGGUGAAGACCCUCUGGAGCUGGCGCGAGGGUGUCCCAGAGUGCAUCGGCCACUGGGGAGGUACCUACAAAUAUGACGUCUCGAUCCCUAUCGCGGACAUGUAUCAGAUCGUCGACGACGUCCAUGCUCGCCUGCUCGAGGCCGGACUCGUUGGUGACACCGACGAGUACCCUGUGAUCGGCACCUCCGGCUACGGGCACAUGGGAGAUGCCAACAUCCACCUCAACGUCGCCGUCCGACGUUAUGAUUCGGCAGUCGAGAAAGUCCUGGAGCCCUACGUCUACGAGUGGGUCGCGGGCCGCAAAGGAAGCAUAAGCGCUGAGCAUGGUCUUGGCCUCGCGAAGAAGAACUACAUUGGUUACAGCCGAGAUGAAACCACAAUCGGCCUGAUGAAGCAGAUUAAGCACCUGUAUGAUCCUUGGCAGACAUAA